GGAGGCGGGACGGAGCAACCGGAAGGUCUUCCGUCCUCGGCCGGAAGCGGUGGCGGGCUGUGGUGGCCAUGGCUGACGAGGAGGAGGAUGCGCCGUUCGAGGAGGACUCCGAGGAAGCCGGCGGCGGACUGGACGGCGGGCAGGGCAAGAGGAAGAGGCUCUUUUCUAAAGAACUAAGAUGUAUGAUGUACGGAUUCGGGGAUGACCAGAACCCUUACACAGAAUCUGUGGACAUUCUUGAGGACCUGGUGAUAGAAUUUAUCACAGAAAUGACACAUAAGGCCAUGUCAAUUGGACGGCAGGGCCGUGUACAGGUUGAGGACAUUGUCUUCCUAAUCCGGAAGGACCCCCGGAAGUUUGCCAGAGUUAAAGACCUUCUGACUAUGAAUGAAGAACUGAAACGUGCCAGAAAGGCCUUUGAUGAAGCAAAUUAUGGAUCUUGAUGCUGCGUACAGGCUUCACGGGGGCAUGCUGUGGGCUCCUGUAAGAAGAAGAAAUGUCACAUGUGUUGCUUUCAGGGGUUUAUUUGAGGUGGAGAUCAUUGCUGCUGGGAUAUCUGCCCUGCCUCUCAACCUCUUGUGGUAGGCAUUCAAAGCAGCCAGGUGUUACCUGAUUGCACGUGUUAUUCCUAAUGUGUUUUUAUACCAUUCUGUGAAUUUGAGAAAUGAGCUCUAAGGAUUCUUUAAAGGUGAGAAGUCUGUUUGCUGUGGGACUGUUGAAUCUGGCAUCUAGAAGGCCCAAGUUCUUCUUUACUUUGGUUAUUGCCAGGUAUUCUGUUGACAAGAAACCUGGAAAAUAGAUCUUGGUUAACUGGACGAACGAAGUUUUCAAGCCAAAACUAUUAAAAAUUCUGCUCUGUAUAUAAUCCUUGAAUAAAACAGCUCAAGUCUGUGCCCA